UCCGCCUCCUCUGCAGUAUAGACCCAGCUAGCAAGGGUAGCAAUGGAGGAGCCUGCAGUGCAGCAGGAAAAAAUUGAGGGAUUGUGGGAAGGAGGACAUGAUGAAGGGAAAGCAGGCUGGAAGAAUGACUGCUCCCUCUCCUCCCUCCUGAAGCAUUCCUGUUUUCUCUGCUGGUCGUCUCCCAGGGAUACUGAUGUUGUGGAAACUGAUGAGAGAGUCCUCGCCAAAGUGGCAGAGAUCAGAGUAAGAAGACCGCAGCAUCUAGCACUGGAGCUGGAGAAUGCAGUGGAAGUGGAAAACCUGGAGCUUCAGGAGCAGCAGUCGGACCGUAAGGAGCUGGAGGAGACUUUGGUUAAAUUAGAAAGCCACAAAGAGAAGCUGGUACAACAAAUAAAGGCAACCAGACAACUAUGCUAUGAGGAGAGUCAACAGAUCUUGGCUCUGCAGACAGAGGAGGUGCAGAAGGAGAGCCAGGUGGAGGAGUACGAGAGGGAGCUUGCCAGAGCCAGGUGGAGGCUGAGGAGGCUCAAAGAGGAGGUCAAACAGGCCAAGAGGAAGGUGGAAGAGGCAGGAGAGAGGAACACGCCUCUGCAGGACUCCAUCCGACAGUCGUAUGAAGAGAUCCUGCAGGAAGAGAACACUUUGUGUUCACUCUCGGGAAGUGCAGUCACUCCAGAAAGUCAACUGGAGGAGUCACUGUCUCCUGCAGACACUACAGAAGAGGAUCCACUGCCUUUGAAGCCAUGGGGGAGGAGCCAAUCACUGCCUGCCUAUGCUGACCUGAUAAUGAGGGCCAGUGGGUCGUCUUUCUGCAACAAUCAGGCAGAUACCAGAGAAGAAUUAGACAACAGUAGGAGCAAUUCUACUAAGCCACAGAUGGAUAGAUCUGAUGUAGAGGACAAUCCACAAGAAGGGGAAAUCAUCAAAGAAGGGCAGCAAGAGAAGGAAGAGUGUCCAAACCCCCUGAGCCAGCUGGACUUCUACCAAGCCAACCCAUUUGCCAGUUGUCAGAGUGACCAUGAACUUUUCAAUGAAGACAUCUUCCCUAAAGCUGACAUAUCUAAUGGAUUUGGCUCAGACCCUUUCAAAGGUAGUGACCCCUUUGCAGCAGACAUUUUGUUUCCAGAGACCAAUAUUGGCACUGAUGGAAAUACUGGUGAUGAAGCAGACACCAGUUUGUCCUGUGCUGAAAACAAAGCCUCAACAGGAACUCAGUGCUUUGAGUCUGAAUUCCCAGAUGAAGACAGCGAUAUAGAAAACAGCUACAGCCAAGAGGAACAAGACGUCAUUGGUCAUUCUCGUGGAUUUAAGCCUAUUCAGAGUUCAUCAGAGGAGCUGGGGCCAGAACCAAUCCAGGGCUGGAGAUCCCAGGGUCAGUACUCUGUAGAAUCAGACCCAAAUGGUUAUGAGUUGGACCUUGGUGCCAUCUCUCCCCCUUCUGACAUAGAAGAACACAGUCUGGGAUGUUUAGCUGGAGAAGCUACUCCUGAGGCACCAUUGCAUCUUGAACAAGGUCUGAGUUCUGAACCAGCUCAGGCAAUCUCUGAACAAGCUCCCUUGAAAACAGAUUGGACAGGUGAAAAAGAGCAAUCUAUGUCGCAGGGUGCUACCUCUGGGUAUUGGGAAGGUUGGUCUAGCAAUAUGGAAGAGGAAACCCAAAUCUCUACAACUCCCCAUAACUCACAAGACGCCCAUAACUUCUAUAUCCAGCCUGAUUUAGAUCAAAGCGGGGAACUAAGCUUUGACUUAAGCUAUGAAGCGACCAGUCAGUCUUCCUUUGACCCAUACGGGUUUAAACUCAGUCCAGAACAUUCUAGUCACACACUCCUAGACCCAGAUGAAGCCGAACUGAGCCCUGAACCCAGUGAGAACUACCUGGCCUUUGACACUGAGUCAUCUUCCUCGCAAACAAACCAUCUCAACUUCAACACUUGUGAUUUUGACUUGAAUAUGUCCCAGAAAGUACGGGACUCUGACCCUUAUGGCUUUAAGCUCAGUCCUGAGGAUGAAAACCAGGAGGUACUGGAUGUCUGUGGCUACGAUGACCAUGAGGCAAUGGACCCUUCCACAUAUGAUAAAGUAGAACCCUCUGGUUAUUGUAAUCAAGAAGUACUAGAAUCCAACGGCAAUGAAAACCAAGAAGUUCUUGAUCAUUGUGGCCACAAUAACCAGAAGGAUUCACACAACAAUGAAAACCAAGAGGUGCUUGAGUCUUCUUACAUUAACAACAAGGAAAUAGAUAGCAAUGACAAUAAGGAAUUCUUGGAUCAUUUUAGUCAUGACAACCAGGAGGUAGUUAAGCCCUAUCUCAAAAUGAGCAAAAAGGAACUACUUGAACCUUGUAACCAAGAAGUUCUUGAACCUUGUAGCCUGGGCAACAAAGAAUUGCUCCAUCCUGAGAAUCAAGAAGUACCAGAUUUAGACAGCGAUGGUAACCAAGAACUACUGGAUUUUGAUGGCAAAGGCAAUCAAGAGGUGCUAAUAUGUGGAAGCCACAAUAACCAGGAACCCAUGCGACAUGGUAGCAAGGAAAAUCAGGAAUUACUAGACUUAGGUAGCCGUGGCAACCAAGAGGUGUUGGAUUUGUUGAGUAAAGAAGGUUUACCUGAAGCAAACAACAACCAAUGUUUUAUUGAACCAGAACUCAGUCCCACCAACAACAGCUCAGACAGUGAUGUGGCAAUAGACCUGCUGGGACUUGAACUCAGUGACACCAGUAUGUGCACGACCAACAAUGAUGACACCAUCAACAUCUCUGCCAACCACAACCUGGAUACAUCCACCAGUCACAUAUUGGAAGGUGAUCUGGGUUCUGUGUUCAGAGCUGGAGGAUAUAUCGGUUGUCCAGAUGUAGCUGAUGACCUUCAACCCCUGGGCAGAAUGCAGGUCAACCCAGUAGCAGAGGCAGUGAAACCAGUAAGACCAGUAAGGCCUCCUCGGCCCUCACUCAAGGUAAAGGAGAAGGCACUGUCCCAGACUCAGGGCAUUGACCUGAAGUGAUCUGUGUGGAUGUGGAUGAGCAGAUGAGUAAGAGGAAGCGCGGAAAAAUGGGGGAAAGGGGGAAAGGGGAUAUAACCGCGAGGAGAGGAAACAUAAAUAAUUAUUAAUUUUAACUAUACCAUUCAUUUUUUAUGGUAGGUGGUUGGCUUUAAUCCCAGUUUCACUGGGUCACUUCUGUGAGGAAUUGUGCAUGUUUUAUGUGUGUGUGUGUGUGUACUUGUACAUAGAUCUUUUUGAGGACCAGAAAACUUUUAAACCACACAAAGUGUGGACAUUUUGUGAAAGUGACGACCGUUUGGCUGGUCCUCACCCUUUUGUCCUGACAUGAAAAGUACUGCUCAUGGGUGAAGACUUAGUUUAAGGGUUAUGGUUAAAAUUAGGUUUAGUUUGGGGUUAGGUUAAGGGGUUAGGGGUGUAUCGUGUCUACAUUUGUCCUCAAUAAGAAUGCUGUACAAGAAUGUGUGUAUGUGGCUGACUUCAAAGUAAUGUAUUUAUUGAUUGAUUCUUGGCUUCAGUCUACUUAGAAUGAUUUAAGGAAGUCAGGGCUGCAAACAUCCAGAGGAAGAUACAGUUUGAGGUUAUCAUGUUUACCCUGUCAUUCUGAACAUCACAUUGUAUUCAGAUAUCAGGUAACAGAUGUUGUAGGCACUGAAGCAUUGUUCAGUCAAGAUUACAUUUCAGUUCACACCUACCUCAUCACGACUUAGCUAUGACUGCAUGAUAACACCGUGAACCCUGUGAACGCAAAUCUUUAUUUUCACACGUGUGAAAUCCUGUCAUUCAUGACGAACCACUAAGACAGUGGAAAGUUUAAAAGUGACUUUAGUGCAGCAUGUGAGACUUCUGUUGGUUCUUGUAAUACCAUCGAUAAUACUGCCUUCUAUAGCUCUCUUUUUAGGGGUUGUUUAUGUGCUCCUAAUUAUUGUUUUGAACAAUUCAUAUACAUCCACUCACUGGCCACAUUUUGCAAAAUACUCCCCAUCUGGCACCAACAACUGUGCCAUGUUCAAAGCCACGUAAAUCCCCUUUUCCUCCCUCAUUCUGAUGCUCAGUUUGAACUUCAGCAGCUCUUCUUCAACAUGUGCACAUGCUGAAAUGCAAUGAGUUGCAGAUUAGUUGUUUAGAUAGUUGCGUUAACAAGCAGUUCAAUGGGUAUACCUAAUAAAUUGUCAGUGGGUGUAUUUCAUAAAUCUAUAUUAGAGUUGUAUUUCCUUGACUGAUUUAUGGAGCUCUUCAUAAAAUACGAAACAUUUACAAGCUUCUUGACAGUUGAGUCCAUUGGAAAAUUUUAAAGAGGAACUAAACCCCGGGUCUGAGGCAGAGUCCGCCCCAAUGCCUGUUUUUGAAAAUCUACAAAAAGUGGGGAGUGGGGAGGGGAAGGAGGCGUGACUGAGCACCGCAGGCACCCACUCGAGUGACAGUGGUAUCUCCGGUUUACACACUUGCACGUCACACAUGACAUUUCUCGCACAUACAUUUGUAGUCUGUGAGUCGGUGGCAGAAGGCAGAUUGCUCUGCGUAGUUCACUCAUACAGCUGUCUUGAAUUAGCGACCUGAUCAGCCAAUCAGGAAAUAGCACUCACUGUUGCCGGGUAAAUACCCUGGCUGCAGAAUGGACUCGCUGUGCUCUGGUGCGCUCAGCUCCGCCCCAGUUACACUGCUUAUGUCUCACGUCCGCCCGCCUCCACGCAGCUGCACAGCUGGAGUCAGAGACUAGUUAUCUUUUAGUCUGAAAAGUAAACCGGAUGUUUUAUUUUCCGACUUCCUCUCACGCUCGUGCUCAAGUCCGCUGGAUUUCUGUGGCUCUUCAGAAAUAGAAGAGUUGCGUAUACACUCCGCCCCCCCAUAAUAGGGGGUGUGGCCAGAGGAGGACGAUUGGUGAACAAAGCCCGGGAUGAGCCAGCUAAUACGAACACUGACAUGUAAUGGGAGGUGUUUAGCCAGAGAAGGCACACAUUCAAACACAAAAUAUGUCAUUCAAAUACCAAGAGUGAGACCUGGGUCAGUGAAGAAUAUUACUAGAUAACCUUAUACACUUGUUUAAACCUGAAAAAAAAAGUGGUUUAGGGGUUUAGUUGCUCUUUAAGUUGAUAAAAUAAACACUUUAUGUUUUGGGGUGAACUGGGAAAACAAACAGCUAACAGGUUAAAACACUAAUCGCCUUCUCAAUGGUUUCUCUUCAUUUUUAUUACUUUCUACAAUGUAGAUUAACACUGAAUAGCCCUAUUAGGCUGUAUGUGUGUAUGUGUGUAAGAAAGAAAUAUUGAAUACAUCAUAAUGUAAAUGAAAUACAGUAUGUGGUCAUUGCCACACAGAGAAGAUAAAUGACAUAUAUUAUUAAUGUCUUUAUUGUAUUUACUCAUUAUCAGAAGCAUCCACAACAUCCAACCCAGUGCAGUUUUAAAUGUUGAAGUUUGAUUUUAUGAAUUGAUUUUAAUAUGUAUUUUCCAUGGGCAGUGCAGGGAUGGAGGCAAACUAUGCAUGUCAAAUGUUUGUGGACAUAUUGUUGCCUGUUUUUCUGAAAUAAAAACCUUGUUUAAAAGCAGGCAUAGACGUUAGACUUCCAAACACCUGAACCAUUCACAUGCUAAUUGUCCAUCAACAGAAACUGGUGGUGCUGGUCUGAACACGAUUGUGUUAUUGCUCUGGCGAAAGUAACAGUAAUACCGUCCUUGUGUACAACAAUGGUGCUAAUAAAACAGAGUCCACUUUA